CGGGCUGGAGCCAACUCCCGCCUCCUUCCCCUCAAGACCUUGGCUGGGGACGGAGAGAGGAGAGGCGUGGGGCCGGGAAGCGGGCUCCCGGGCAAGACCCCUUGAUGCUGCCUCCACUGCCCUUUCGCUGGGGAGCGGGCGGGGAUGAGACGGCGGGCUCGGGCUUGCGGAGUGAGUGCAGCCUGGGCCCGGGCUCGGCCUUGGGCGGAGCGCCUGCCUGGCGGGCCACGCCAGAGUUGUUGUGACUAAGUUUCUUCACUUUCCGACCCGAAGGGGAACUGGGGGACUGACGGGGUGCUGUGCCUGACUCCGCGCGUCCCUUUUUCUCCGCCGCGCCUAGUUUGCUGGCUGGGAACAUUUUGGGGGACAGCUGCGGACUCCAGCUCGCUGUUGAACCCCGGGCGCUUUACGAACCCAGUGCAACAAACACACCAAGGUGACUAAGUAACUCUGGGGACAUUUGCACAUAGGCACGAGUGUUCCCUGGUAACAGCUUUCUCGUUUCUCUGUGGCUUGUUAUGGUUCCUUGUAAUGACCCAUGUCGAGGUACACUGGCGACCUAUCUCCAGUCGCCAGGUUUCAGGUGAUGUUCUACUGCUUCCUCUCAGGUCCCCUUGAUUCUACUGCACUCUUGCUCCACCCCUUCUCCUUUCCACAACCGCUGUCCCUGCCCCGUUGGUCUGUAAAAGAAGAUGCAAAGUAAACCCCAGCCCUUAUAAAUAAGUCGAAUCUUUGGUAAGACUUAGCGAGGUUCAACCAAAAUACUUUGGUUCACCUCUCUUCCCACUCUUCUUACUCUGAAACUGUUCUGGUUGGGCUUUGGUCAGCUGUGCAGUGAGAACUUAGAUGUACACAGGUGCUUUGUUUUUAUUGUUGUUAUAAAAGCGGGCAGCAUUUAAACACAAAAACGUGUCUUUUGUGAUAGAAAGUUGGAUCCUUUUCUGAUAACUUAAUCGACUGCGUACUACUCCAGUAGAGGCCACCAUACACCUCCUAAAAAUAGUUGGUGAAAUUGAUUCACAGUAGGAUAUUUUGAGUAUGUUUUAGGUAUUGUAGAGAUUUAACAAUGGGUCUCUCUACCUCAGCAAUUUGGAAAAAUACUCGAGUGGAAAUUGUUAAUCCCUAUGAAGUAAAACGAAAGGUGAAGGUAAAUGGUCUUAAAAUGGUUGAUGAGCCAAUGGAAGAGGGAGAAGCAGAUUCUUGUCAUGAUGAAGGAGUUGUUAAAGAAAUCCCUAUUACUCAUCAUGUUAAGGAAGGCUAUGAGAAAGCAGAUCCUGCACAGUUUGAGUUGCUCAAGGUUCUUGGUCAGGGGUCAUUUGGAAAGGUUUUUCUUGUUAGAAAGAAGACCGGUCCUGAUGCUGGGCAGCUCUAUGCAAUGAAGGUGUUAAAAAAAGCCUCUUUAAAAGUUCGAGACAGAGUUCGGACAAAGAUGGAGAGGGAUAUACUGGUGGAAGUAAAUCAUCCAUUUAUUGUCAAAUUGCACUAUGCCUUUCAGACUGAAGGGAAACUGUACUUAAUACUGGAUUUUCUCAGGGGAGGAGAUGUUUUCACAAGAUUAUCCAAAGAGGUUCUGUUUACAGAGGAAGAUGUGAAAUUCUACCUCGCAGAACUGGCCCUUGCUUUGGAUCAUCUGCACCAAUUAGGAAUUGUUUAUAGAGACCUGAAGCCAGAAAACAUUUUGCUUGAUGAAAUAGGACAUAUCAAAUUAACAGAUUUUGGACUCAGCAAGGAGUCAGUAGAUCAAGAAAAGAAGGCUUACUCAUUUUGUGGUACAGUAGAGUAUAUGGCUCCUGAAGUAGUAAAUAGGAGAGGCCAUUCCCAGAGUGCUGAUUGGUGGUCAUAUGGUGUUCUUAUGUUUGAAAUGCUUACUGGUACUCUGCCAUUUCAAGGUAAAGACAGAAAUGAGACCAUGAAUAUGAUAUUAAAAGCAAAACUUGGAAUGCCUCAAUUUCUUAGUGCUGAAGCACAAAGUCUUCUAAGGAUGUUAUUCAAAAGGAAUCCAGCAAAUAGAUUGGGAUCAGAAGGAGUUGAAGAAAUCAAAAGACAUCUGUUUUUUGCAAAUAUUGACUGGGAUAAAUUAUAUAAAAGAGAAGUUCAACCUCCUUUCAAACCUGCUUCUGGAAAACCAGAUGAUACUUUUUGUUUUGAUCCUGAAUUUACUGCAAAAACACCUAAAGAUUCUCCCGGUUUGCCAGCCAGUGCAAAUGCUCAUCAGCUCUUCAAAGGAUUCAGCUUUGUUGCAACUUCUAUUGCAGAAGAAUAUAAAAUCACUCCUAUCACAAGUGCAAAUGUAUUACCAAUUGUUCAGAUAAAUGGAAAUGCUGCACAAUUUGGUGAAGUAUAUGAAUUGAAAGAGGAUAUUGGUGUUGGCUCCUACUCUGUUUGCAAGCGAUGCAUACAUGCAACUACCAACAUGGAAUUUGCAGUGAAGAUCAUUGACAAAAGUAAGCGAGACCCUUCAGAAGAGAUUGAAAUAUUGAUGCGCUAUGGACAACAUCCCAACAUUAUUACUUUGAAGGAUGUCUUUGAUGAUGGUAGAUAUGUUUACCUUGUUACGGAUUUAAUGAAAGGAGGAGAGUUACUUGACCGUAUUCUCAAACAAAAAUGUUUCUCGGAACGGGAGGCUAGUGAUAUACUAUAUGUAAUAAGUAAGACAGUUGACUAUCUUCAUUGUCAAGGAGUUGUUCAUCGUGAUCUUAAACCUAGUAAUAUUUUAUACAUGGAUGAAUCAGCCAGUGCAGAUUCAAUCAGGAUAUGUGAUUUUGGGUUUGCAAAACAACUUCGAGGAGAAAAUGGACUUCUCUUAACUCCAUGCUACACUGCAAACUUUGUUGCACCUGAGGUUCUUAUGCAACAGGGAUAUGAUGCUGCUUGUGAUAUCUGGAGUUUAGGAGUCCUUUUUUACACAAUGUUGGCUGGCUACACUCCAUUUGCUAAUGGCCCCAAUGAUACUCCUGAAGAGAUACUGCUGCGUAUAGGCAAUGGAAAAUUCUCUUUGAGUGGUGGAAACUGGGACAAUAUUUCAGACGGAGCAAAGGAUUUGCUUUCCCAUAUGCUUCAUAUGGACCCACGUCAGCGGUAUACUGCUGAACAAAUAUUAAAGCACUCAUGGAUAACUCACAGAGACCAGUUGCCAAAUGAUCAGCCAAAGAGAAAUGAUGUGUCACAUGUUGUUAAGGGAGCAAUGGUUGCAACAUACUCUGCCCUGACUCACAAGACCUUUCAACCAGUCCUAGAGCCUGUAGCUGCUUCAAGCUUAGCCCAGCGACGGAGCAUGAAAAAGCGAACAUCAACUGGCCUGUAAGAUUUGUGGUGUUCCUAGGCCAAACUGGAUGAAGAUGAAAUUAAAUGUGUGGCUUUUUUCCUAUUCUUAUCAAAGGCAUCGUUUUCUGCUAAAUUACUUGAAUAUGAAGUAAUAUUAAAUCCCCAUUUUUAGGGGAAGUGAGAUUUAAAAAACCAUUCACAGGUCCACAAUAUUCAUACUAUGUGUUUGCAGUAGUGUUCAAGUGUUUAUUUAAGCAUAUAAUUGGUGUCCACCAGGUCCUCACAACUUCUCUGCACACAAGCUUCUAAAAUUCCUUUCAAAUAAAGUUACUUUAAUAUUUUUUUCUUGUUUCAUACAAUUAUGGUUUGGGGAGUCAUUACCAACAAUCAGUAUACAUGUAUAAUAGUAUAAUGACAAGCAAUGUUAGUAUUUUUAAACAUCAGAUCCCGAAGGAUAGGCUUUUUCUAAUAAAAGAAAAACAACAAAAACUUAUUAUAAAAGCUUGUUAUUCUGUAAAACCAAAGGACUCCAUUCAUUUGACUCACUGUAGUUACUAAAAUGUAAACAUAGUGGUUUGGUGCCAGAGCAAAAUAUAUUUGUGCUAAUAUGUGAAUUCUUGAUAUAGUUGGUGCCAAAGUUUUUAUAGAAGAAUUAUAUCUCAGAUAAUGUGUGCAGGCAGAUCUGUAUAUUAUCCAUAAGUGGCCUCAUUUAGAAAUAAAGGUUUUUAUAAGGCUUCUGUAAAUUUUACAUCAAAUGGAAAUUUAGUACAAGUGAAACUUUUUUUUUUCCAAAGGCUUUAUACUGUUGGUGUAAUCUUAUAAAUAGGUCAUAGUUAAGCCUUUGAAAAUGAAGUAUGUGGUGUUGACACUAUCCUGGUGUUAUAUAAACUGACUUUCAAGUUAACCAAUUGGAUUUUAAUCAUCAUCUAUCCCCUUUAUAAAUGAACUACACUGUUGUUUUUCUGACUUCGAUGUGCUUUGAAGUACAGUGUAGCAUAUUAUUCUACCUUGAAUCCUAUGAUAAUACAGUUGACAUCUUGCUGUAGUGGACUUGUGCAUAUAGCACACAUGAUAUAGUAUAUUGUAUUACAGUAAACUUUAGACAAUGCUACUUAAUCAUUUUACUUCAUGAAGAUAAACUAACAUUUUAAAUAUGAAUAAUAUUAAUGGUCUACAAAAAAAUUGAGCACAUUUUAGAAUCAUAUUUAUAAAAAACUGGCCAAAUUGGUCUUAUAAUUCAGAACCACUGUGUAGUAUGUAUUCUUUUCUCUAAAUGAUGAAAUGCUAAAGAAUCAUUUCACGUUGUUGAAGAAAAUACCAUUGCUACAACAACAGCAGCUACUACUGCUACUACUACUACUACUACUACUACUACUACUACUACUACUGACAGAAAGAAUUCAUGAAUGUAAACUGGAGGAUAUCACAGUUUUCUUUAGUGAAUAUAAGUGAACUACUUGUGCGUGUUAGGUGUACUAUUUGCUAUGUAUUUUACUUUGCUUCAUUCAGAGAGAAAGUUGAUUACUGAGUGCUGAAUUAUACAAUUUAGGCUAGGAAACUUGUAACUUUGGUAUUUAAUAAAAGAAACUAUACAUA